UUUUAAGAUACCCAUACACCAAUAAGAGUGCUCUUAGAGUAUGUCCAUUGUCCAACCUCAUUCCAUAUUUCACUUUCAAAAUAGAAUUUGGAAUAAAGGAUAUUUUAUUUUAAUUUAUUAAAAAAUAAGUUACUCCAACGGAAUAUCUUUAUUUUUUUAUUAUAUACUACAUUUUUACUUUAAAAUGAAAUGGAGUGAAGUUGGAAUAAAAUCAAACUCUAGUAUGAAAUUAUUCAAAGAAAAAAUAGAGUUUUACAUUAGAGAUAAUAUAAUUUUGGUUAAUCGUGUUUUCGAUUAGGCAACACUGGAUAACGUUAAGUAGACAGUAAAUCGUGUUUUCGAUGGAUAUUGUCUGUGUGUUUCGGUAUGGAACUUUUAUUAUAUAAAAAGUAUAAUUCCAACUUUUAGAUUUGGGUGGAAACUGGACUUGAACUUUUGGAUUGGAGAAAUAUAAAACUGGUUUUAAAAUAUAUAUGAAUUUGAUGAUAUAUAAUAGUUUCAAAGAGAAAUAUAGCGUCACCCCAAUUUCUUUUGUUGACCAAAAACUUGUGUCUACAUCUCUUUAUAGGUCUCCGGUCCCACGACCUUCAAGAAAGCGACGCCUCACAUGCCCCUGCAACUGACGGAUGAUACUAUCAUCUGCCACACCCACACCGACGCAGCCUGGAGAAAAGACCAUAAAGUAUCCUCUACUGAAACUAUUGUUUCGUCUCCUAUCAUGGCAGAGGCUUUGGCGAUAAGAGAAGCUCUCCUGCAUGUUUUCACUCUCCAAUACAAAUGUAUCUUGCUUCGCUCAGAUUCUCAAGGGCUGAUCACAGCCAUCAACUCGAAUUUUCGAUCGAUAUUUUGGGUUCACAAGGACUUUGACGUUACGAAAAAAUGAUUUGUCGGUUUGGGUUCACAAUACUCAUUGUAUGGGUUACAUUAUUUCUCUGGCGUUUUAGACUAACUUAGUUCUCGUUUCCAUGCAAAGAAAUUUUUUUAGAUAGAGAGACGGCUGAACUUUCAAUAUUCUUGUACCUGCAGAAUUGAGCAGAGGAAGAAGCUACAUACAUACAUGAAGAAUCAUCGGAGGAGUAACUUUGUGAGGUGACUUUUUUGAAUUUUUGUUUACUUUGACGAUAGCUUUGUUCCAGGAUUUAUUGUUUGCUUAUAUCUUCGUGGCUAAUACAGGUUUGAUACUCGGAUUACGUAGAGAUCAUCAACCUUUCUAUUUGUAAAUGGAAAAUUGAAGGCUUAAAGGAGGCUUAAAGGAACAUGGAAAAUCCUUAAAAAAAAAAAUCCUUGAAGUAUAGAGGAAGAUUGUGCUGUUCGUCUGCCUUGUUGCUUUGGCUAUUGAUUCGUUGUCUUUCUUUAUCUCUGUGAUUGAUUCUCAUUGAGUCAUAGAUUCUGCUUUACUUUGGAUAAAAGCCUGGAACAUAAAUGUUCGUGUUCUUCGUUCCUUUAUCAACACCUUUUACGUGAUUCACAUCAUUUUCAUAUUAUAACCGUACUCAUUGCUCCUCGUUCGAGAUAGUCCUGCAUUUUUAUUGUUCUUUGUAACGUUAUUAUAGUUUUGAAGAAAAACAGAAUGUUGCUUAUAGAUGUGCAACGCAAUACAGUUCAUGUAAUAACUCUUACUAUUUCUCAAGAAGAUAGUGAAAUGGGUUAUGCUGCUAGCUCAAUAUAUCCCUAGAAGCAUCCGUCCGUAUCUAUCAAAUUUUCAAACUAGUGACAAGAGCUUCUGGUACAAUAGCCGAAAGAAAAUGGGCUGGAGCUACUUUGAACCGUUUCCUCUACAUGCUUCCGAGCCAUGUAAGGACACAACAACCGUUGUUACAGUUAUGAUCAUCUCUAGUUUUUUAUAUAAUCAUAUGUGUCGCUGGUUAACUAUGUUCGACUAUUCAUACAUCCAUCAAGCGUCUUCCUCUUUUCUAGUCACCUUUUUCAAAUUUACAGAAGCAAACAAUAACUCUAUAUGGGGUUCUUCGACUAAACAUCCAUUUAUCAAUCAUCAAGCUUCCUCCUCUUUUCUUGCUACCUUCUCUGUUCUGUGAAAUUUACGAAACAAAAAAAUAACUCUGUAUAGGUUUUUUGACUAAACAUCCAUCCAUAACGCGUCCUCCUCGUUUCUAGUAUUAUAUUCUAUGAAAUUUACAGCAAUAAUGAACGAUAAUAUGACACAGUCCCAUUUUGUAAGGAAAACGUGUCGUUCGACUAAACCUGAGUGACUGAGUCCAACAAUCCCUCUCUCCUCUUUUCAAAUUUUCCUUCUCUGUUCUAUGAAAUUUACAGAAAUAAUGCGAAGAUAUGAUAUACUCUAUAAGCGAUAAUACGACCAGCCUUUGUUCUAAGUUGACAAAAAAAAGUUGAGAAAAAAAAGCACCACCAACUGUUCUUUACGUAAUGGCUAAAUCUUACUCAUACGACGUCUUCCCUAGCUUCAGGGGAGCAGACGUCCGCAAAAGUUUCCUCAGCCACUUGAUCAAAGAGUUUGAUCAGAAGCAUAUCAAUACUUUCAAAGACAACAAAAUCGAGAGAAGCCAAUCGCUCAAACCCACGCUUGAAAAGGCCAUUAGGACUUCAAAGAUUGCGGUCGUUGUGCUGUCCCAAAAUUAUGCUUCUUCAAGCUGGUGCCUUAAUGAACUGCUGGAGAUUAUGUAUUGCAUGGAAGAGUUCCGUCAAAUAGUGAUACCGGUUUACUACGGUUUGGAUCCUUCUCAUGUGAGACACCAAACUGGAGACUUUGGAGAGAUCUUUGAAAACACAUGCCACAACCAACCAGAGGAACUCAAAGUUCGAUGGAGGGGAGCUUUAUCUAAUUUAGCUAAUAUCUUCGGAUAUCAUUCAAAGAGCUGGGACAACGAAGCAAAAAUGGUUGAAGAAAUCGCCAACUAUGUUUCGGAUAAACUGCUUUUAACUUCAUCUAAGGAUUCUGAAGACAUUGUUGGCAUAGAAAACCAUAUGGCAGAACUGGAAUCGCUGUUGGAUUUUGAAUCCGAAAAAGGGAGGAUGGUUGGGAUUAUGGGUUCCUCGGGGAUUGGAAAGACAACAAUAGCAAGAGUUCUAUUUAACCGACACUCUCAUCGUUUCCAAGGCAGUGUUUUUGUCGAUAAGGCUUUCGUAUCUAGGAGUAUGGAAAUCUAUGGAGGAGCCAAUCCGUACGACUAUAACAUGAAGUUUCAUUUACUAGAAAAAUUUCUAUCUGAAAUUUUGGGGAAGGACCUAAAAAAUUUUCAUACGGGUGCAGUGGAAGAGAAGCUAAAAAACCACAAAGUUUUAAUCUUUGUAGAUGAUUUGGAGAAUCAUUUCGUCUUAGAUACCUUGGCAGGUGACAUUAAUUGGUUUGGACCAGGGAGUAGGAUCAUUGUGAUUACAAAACAUGAGCAUAUUUUAAGGGCCCACGGAAUUGAUCAUUUCUAUAAGGUACCUCUCCCAUCUGAUGGUCUUGCUCUUCAAUUUUUUUGUCGAAAUGCUUUUAGGCAGAACUCUCCACCAGGUGACUUUAUGGAGCUUGCUUCUGAAAGUGCAUUGCAUGCCGGUAAUCUUCCUUCGGGUCUUGUAGUUUUAGGGUCAUAUUUACGGGGUAGAUACAAAAAGGAGUGGAUAGAUAUGCUGAUAAUGUUCCGGAAAAGGCAAUUUGGUAAAAUUGAAGAGAUACUUAAAUUUCGCUACAAUGGGUUAAAUAACCAAAACGAUGAAGCAAUAUUCCACCACUGUCGGAGCAGACUUUAGUAUAUAAGUACGGUCUACUAAAACCCCAUCUAAGACGGCCUUGACUCUGUUACGAAUGUGGUACAGUCAACCGAGCCCAGUAAUUUCAUGGAUCUCAGAGGUGCUUCAAACUCGAGGUAACUACUCCUCAAAAACAAAG